AUUGAGUUCCACAAGCUUAAGUUGUUAAAUUAUAACAAACAAAAGUUACAAGUUUUCCAACUGUUGUGUCCAUACUUCUUCCAUUUAGCAUUCGAUAUGUCAUAGAUAUUAUAUCAUUUUGUUUCAUGAACUGUACCGCUUUUUAUAUGCUUCUUUUACGAUAAACAAUGAAUGAAGGUAGCAUGAAUUUUCUUUUUGUAACAAGUAAAAGGGUUUGUUAAAUAUUCUAACAAAAAGAAUCCUACAAGCACACCUUGUUAAGUUCAGAAUGAGUAUUAUGACAAAAAUGGAAUCCCCCCUUAAAUUUAGCUGGCUGAUAACAAUAUUUCUUAGUAUCAUCAUUAUUAUAUCAGUAUCUUUAUUUUCUUUUUCUUUUUUCUUUUUAUAACCUAAACUUUCCUCUCACUUAACAGUCAUGUCUCCAGUUUCUCUCUAGGGGUUUUUGAAGUAAAGACAGAAAAUUCAAUCUUCCAAGCUUUGAAGUUUGAGGAAAUGGAAGAGUUUUACAGGCUUAACAACUCUGUUAUAGCCUCAUAUUCUAAUAGUGUUGUUGGAGGUGAAGCCAUUGCAAGCACCAGCUGUGGUGGGAUUCAUGAAGCUUUAAUGGUGGAUGAUGAUAUGCUUCACCUUGAAGCUGAGGCCACCACUGGUUCGAACAUGUCUAACAUGAUCAAAACUCAAAUUGUCAACCAUCCCCUUUAUCCCAAACUGGUUUCUGCUUACGUUGAAUGCCAAAAAGUUGGGGCUCCACCACAAGUAGCCUCUCUUCUUGAAGAAAUUGGCCGUGAAAAUCACCCUCCUAGAUCUUCUAUUGAGUUGGGAGCUGAUCCUCAACUGGACAACUUCAUGGAGUCUUACUGUGAGGUUCUUCAUCAAUAUAAGAAUGAGCUAUCCAAACCAUUUGAUGAAGCAACAAUGUUCUUGACCAACAUUGAAUUGGAGCUAAGCAACCUGUGUAAAGGAUCGUUUACUGUGACGUCGGAUUCUCACUCCACCAUGAAUGACGAAGUAGCCGGGACGCCGGAGGAAGAACCGAGCAGCUAUGGGCAGGUGAAAAUGCCGGGAAACCACGAGUCGUUCUGCAUGCGAAAAACAAACCAAGACCUCAAAGAAAUGCUGCUGAAGAAAUACAGUGGCUAUCUCAGCAGUUUGAAGAAGGAAUUCUUGAAGAAGAGAAAGAAAGAGAAGCUGCCAAAAGAUGCAAGAAUGGCUUUACUUGACUGGUGGAAUACUCAUUACAAAUGGCCUUAUCCUACAGAGGAGGAAAAAUCAAAACUAUCUGUUAUAACUGGUCUAGACCAAAAGCAAAUCAAUAACUGGUUCAUAAACCAGAGAAAGCGACAUUGGAAGCCGCCCGAAGAUAUGCGAUUUGUGCUCAUGGACGGAGUCGGGGUCGGAGAAUGCAUCAAAGGAUCAAAUUUUUAUGACAAUGGAGAGACUGGUGGCCAUGUAAUUUGAUAUGAUUUAGCUUCUUGUCUACUUUUACAAAUUGUUGCUGCUUUCUAGUUUCUUUAUGUACAUCUUCUAUUCUUCCCUUUUUUUCUUUGGUUAUAGACUCUGAAUUUCUUUCUGACUUAGACAGAUACACAAAUAUAUAGAAAUCACU